GCGCAAGCGCUAGUUUCUCCUUUAUCAAGUGCUGUCAAAUGUCAGAGGUCGGAUUGUCACAAUUUCCUGUCAUAUCAAGAUAUUAAGCUAUAUUUUUGGCAUAUAAAGUUGUUUUGGAAACAUCAAGGUACAAAAUAAACCCCUACGUUCACGAAAAACCCUUCAGCAACAGUAUGUAUCAAAGUACCUAUUUUAUAUAUACGCUUUAAGGAUUUGUUUGUGUAUUUACAUUUUUCGACGCCUGUAGAAAUAUGUACGAGUUAUACUUUCAACUGUGAUAUAAUCUUCAGUUUUUAUUAGUAAUUACUUUAAAAAACGUACUAUUAUGGCUGGUGUGCAUCAAGAAAUAGUGGAUGCUGGUGAAUACCAAACUGAUAGUAGUGCUGAAGAGAACGAAUAUGCAUCUGAGCAUGAAAUAGAAAAUGAUAGUUUGGUUCAGUACAUCGAUGUCCCCUACACAAACCCUGUGGAAAGCACCAGAAGAAGAGGUCGUGGUCAUUUACCAAAAGACUCUGUGAAAAUUUUAAAGAAUUGGUUAUAUGAACAUAGGUUCAAUGCAUACCCUAGUGAAACUGAGAAGAUUAUUCUUUCACAAGAGACAAAUCUCACAGUGUUACAAGUCAGUAAUUGGUUCAUAAAUGCGAGGCGAAGAUAUUUACCAGAGAUGAUGCGUAGAGAAGGGUAUGAUCCUGAUUUGUUUACCAAUAGUAGAAGAGGCAAGAAACAAAGAGCUACCAGGAUUUCUCAUAGAGACAGAAAGCACAUUCGAUUGGAGCAUUCUUAUAACCAUGGACAAAUGGUUGAUUCUGAAGAUGAAAAUUAUGAAAGUACCAGUCCAAAGGAGGAGAAAUUUAAUCCAUGGCGAACUGAUAUUCACUAUGGAUUAACAAUAGAUGCUGCUCAUCCAGCAAACAGAAGAUCGGAUAACACGUUGGAAGAACAAUCAGAAGAUAUAAGCAACAGUAAUUCUUCCAUUAGCAACAUGCCACCUAGUUUUAUAGUUGUCAAGAGUGCGUCAGGAAAAAACGUGGUUUUAAAAGUAGUCCCCCACAUGAUUACAGACAACAUUGAGGGUAUAGAGAAGACACUGUUGGCGAAAAACAAAUCCAUCUUUGUUGAAGACGCGACCCAUAGCGGCGCAAUAAAAUUUGAAGGGAUAAACGAUAAUGUUUUGGAGGAGUCGUUAGUGGAAAAAGAAAUACGAAUAAUUAAAUCGGACGACAACGAUAACACUAACGAAAUAUCUGACGAGACAUUUUUAAGUGAAAAUUUGUUUGAUAACGGCAUCGUAGCGAGAUCGUUCGAGGAAGACGAGGGUUUUGUUAACGAGAUAACGAUAGAGGACUGUGGCACAGUGGAAGUUGCCGAGACCACGGUGGUCGAUUGCGUAAAACACGAAGAACUUCUGGAUGGCGAUGUCGCGAACUGCAUUGAGAUCAAAGACGAAAAUAGUAACUAACGUUACUCAAACGAAUAGGUCAGUCAAAUCAGUUGCUUUUUCAAAAAUGAUAAAUUGCAAAUUCACUCCGAGGGCCUUAUGCAAAUUAAUAAAAAAAAAUUACCUCUAUUAUCGCCUUUCUUAAUUUUAAACUUAGGUAAUCAAUUUAUUCCUGUGAAUAAAAACAUUUUAAUAUUUGUAUUAAAUCUUCCAUUUUUAUUAACUUAUUAAAUGGGAUUAGAUAAUUAUGUAUCUUGUACUUUUUUAAUACAAUUUUAACACCAUAAAUUAGCAAGAGUUAUUUAUAACAAAACUUGAAAAAAAUUAAAAAUGAAUCAUAAAUGAUUCUUGUGGGAUAAAAAAUUAAACCUAUUGUAAAAAAUAAAGUUACCUUUGUAUUAUAAGUUUUUAUUCCCAUCAUUAACUUUUUAUUAAUUUGCAUAAAUAACACGUUGUAUGCAAAUUAACUUGAUUUUUUUAAUAAAUCACUUUUUUGAUUUCUAUCAGUCUAAUUUGAUUGACCUAGUUUAACGUUGUAAAUAUUAUUAAAAAAACUAUGGACUGUUUGAGCGUUUCUUAAAGUUUACGUCUCCUUGUCGUUUUAUAUUUAUUAUAAUAAAUUAUGAUAGUGUGCUAGCUUAUCGGCGCACCGGUCCCUCCUAUACAUAAUAUUCUGUGCAUUAGUUAUAAUGUAUGUAUAUACGUUGUAGAACAAUUGUAUUUGUACAUUUAUGGGAAUAAUAAUGAAGUUAUUUUUUUUAGUAAGUUUAUUUAGAUUUUUGUGCACAAACACACGAUUGUUUCCCACCAAUCUGCUAGUAAAUUUUCUGCCAAUA